GAGUGAGUUAAAUACAACUCACAUGGCAGUUAAUGUGUUAAUAUUCUACUUUGUCUUGGAAACCUCCACGUUUUUAGUCCUGGCUGAUGUUCUUCUGAAUCCUAAUACCGCUAGUUUGUAUCCCAUAGUUGAGUACUGAAUAAUAGGCCCAUCAACUCUUUUUGUGCUUUUAUUUCAUAUAUACUACAAGUCCCUGAACUUGGAGACGGGUCCUCAAGGGCAAGAACAGUGACUUGUACAAUACUUUUGAAUAUUAUAUGGGUGCACAGUAAACAGGUGCUGGAUAGUUACUUGCUGAUUAACAACUUUUGUGAGACAUUCUGGCAACUAAAAAGAAAGUUGGUGAGAGAGGAGGUUGCAACCUUUAGUCAAUAGCUUCAUCCUUGGUUAUCAGCCUUAUUAUCUCAGCAUGGGUAAUUGACCCCAUGGAAUGCUUUGAGGAAGGUGGAGAACAGAGGAAAGUAGCCCUGUGUUACAAGUUCCUUGGGAAACCAAGGGCUAGAGAAGCCGAAUGACUGGCCUAGGAUCACAUGUCCAACCUCCAGAGACUGGAGAGAUCCUGAAUUUGGUGCCUGUUCCACACUUAACCUGCUGAAGCUUAAUUGGGGCUGUUUUUAAGCAUUAAAAAUUUUCAGCCAAGAGUUUUCUAAUGAACGGUUUUCUUUCUUUGCCAUGAGGGUAUGAAAAUACCUUCUACCUUGAAUGCCUAUUAAUUAAAAGCAUGGGCUUUGAAGUAACACAGACCUAGUAGUGAAUCUACUUUAUAAACAAUAUGACCUUGAGUAUGUCACAUUUUUCACAACUAAGUUUUCUCUUCUGUGUAAAGGGAGAAAUACCUGUAUCUAUAUUUCACAGAGUUGCGAAGAUUAAAUGAGACAAUAUGUGUAAAGCACCUAGUAAACUUUUUCUGACACAGAGUAAGUACUCAGUAUAUGGUACUUGCUGUUAUCACUGAUAUCCAUCUAUUGCCAUGUUGUACCCUAUGCCUCGUUGCUGGGAUACUAACCAAGACAUAUUUUAGGGCUUUUCUCUGUUUAUCAUCUGAAGCAGAUUGUAGGGGACCAUUUCCAUGAGAAAACUAGGGAGAGCUUAUCAGGCCAUCAUCUUGCUUUUUACUUGAACUAUCUCCUUAUAGUAAGAUACCUCAUAGGGCUUGACACAUCCUCUUUUAGGUUUCACCAAGAUCUACCUUAAUCUUCCUUUUUAUAGACACCUGUGGCAUCUAGUUGCCUUAGUGGUUUGGAACCACGAGCUGGAUACACUUUGGUUCAGGCCAAAAUCUUAAGAAGAACUUGUGAAUUUGCAUUCACCCUUGCUGUAUCCCCCAAGAUUUCCAGCUCUCUGCUGGACUUUCUGAUGCCAAGUCUUCCCCAGUUCCCUCCAUGGGACAUCACUGUGGUGUGCUCAGUCAGAAGAAGGUGACUUUGUCUUUUGUUUUGCAAAGGAAAAGGCUCUCUGGCUCUUAGCUACUAUAGUAAUAAAUUAUCUGUGUGAACGUGUGUGUAGCACAGGUAGACAUUGAAAAUGGCAGUUGCCCUUGCUAUUGGGAUUUUAUUUUAGUUUUGGAAAAAAGCCUUGUGGAUGGAUUAAAAUAAAAUUUCAACUUACAUGAUUAGUCAAAUUCAUAGAAAGUAAAAUGGUUGCCAGGGGCUGGAGGGAGGGAGGAAUGGGGAGUCAUUAAGUGGGUUUGGAGUUUCAUUUAGGGAAGAUGAAAGAAUUAUGGAGAUGGUUGUACAACAGUAUGAAAUGUACUUAAUGUCACUGAACUGUACAUUUAAAAGUAGUUAAAAAGGCAAAUUUUAUGUUACACAUAUUUUACCACAAUAGAAGAAACUUCAGGCCAGAUCUGCCAAGUUAUCCAGCACCACAACUUUUGGGAGAAGCUCCAUAAAAAAGGGUAGUUGAUUGUCCAAUUUUCUUAAAAUUAUGCUUAUUUUCUUCAUCAGAAGUACAGGGUUGUCCUUGCUUGAGAGGGGCACCAUGUACCCAGCACUAUGCGGUGAAUUUGGGUGGGGUGUCCUGGCUGCUCUUACUCAGCAGAGCCUGCCUCUGAACCUCAGGGAGCUUCUGAGCCAAAGGAGCUUUUCUGUUUACCCUUGAUCCAGGAGCAACAGACAGGUAUUUUCUGAGGAUACAUGACUUAGAACAUCACUGCUGCCCGAAACAGAUGUGCAUGCACAUUAACCAUGAUAAUUGAAACCACAUUUUCCAUUUUGGAAAUACUUUUCGGUGAAGUAAGGUUUCUAACUGCAAAAACAAAGUCAGGGAAAGAAACCUCUUGAUUCCCUGCAUCCCCCCUCCCCGCAUUUUGGUUUUUAGGAUUUUGUUUGCUAAGUUUUAGAUUGUUAAGAUAGAUCCAGACAAGAAAACUUUUGUGUAUGAUUUCUAAAGCAAGUACUUUAUUUGGAUGAAAUUUGUCAUCGUAGAACUGACCUAAUUUUUCAGAACUUUCUGGAUGAAUCCUAAAAGUAGGUUAAAAUGGAGUAGACAUUCAUAAACUAUGUAAAAAAUAGCUUGAACUUGCUUUAAAAAAUUUUUUCUUUUUGUUAAAUAAGUCCAGUGGCUUUCAGGUUAUACAUUUUUAACUUUUUAUAAUUUAUGAAGAUUCGUAGACUGUCAGCACAACUUUCCUGGACAUUUCUUUUUAAUUUAUGAAAGUAUAUUGUAUAUUGUAGCCCAUCAAAACCACACAUGCAAGAGCUGUCCUAUUCAAAUCAAAUAUAAGGUUGGCUUCCAAAGUGCCAUAUAAUGAGGGGUGUGUUUUCUUUUCAUCUUUCUCUCAUCUUGUCUGAUUCUGUCUGUCUGAAUUCAAGUCUUUUAUGUCUUAGAGUUUUACAUAGCCCAUUUAAAAGUUUUUUCUCCCUGAGUUUUGAAGAAAGCAGUCUGUGAAUUGGGCUUUUAGGAAUGUGAUUAGUAACAACCUGUAAUAGAGCUUGUUUAUAAAGAAACAUAUUACAGAAAUGGCAGCAGCUCCUGGUGAGCUUUGAUGAAUCAUGAUUGGUUUAUCUGAAGGCCGGAGUAUGGAAUGUAUGUACUGAACUCCAAGUUCAAUACAAUUAAUAAUACUGAUUCCAAUACAUACUGCAACUUCCCAUAAUCAGUGAAAUGAAGUCGUGCUGUAUCGUGCUAUAAGUUGCAUACUGCAACUUCCCAUAAUCAGUGGAAUGAAGUCAUGCUAUAUAUUGGCUUGGUUUGGCCACGCAGGGAAGAACCUCAGAGAGUGGGAAAUAAGGGGUUGGGCUGCCCUUGGCCUGAUAGGCUGUGGGUAUUGUCCUAAGUCAGUGGACAUUGUUACUGAGAGCACAGGCCUUGCAGUCAGGUAGACUUGGGUUUCAGUGCAAUUUCUGUACUUAAUAGUGAUUGGGACUUUUUGACAAAUUUUACCUCAGUGCCUCAGGAGAUAAUAGUACUUACCAGAUAGGGUUGUUCUAAAGAUACAAUGAGAUAAUAGAGGCAAGGUGCUUUAACCUAUUAUCAACUUUCAGUCAGUGUUAACUGUUAUUAACUGCUACCUGAGAUCUGUAGCUUACUGAUGUAUAUCUUCUAUGUGUCCCUGUGGUCUGUUACAGGGAGUCAGCCUGGUGCUAUGAACCAAGGUGGCACUGUUGAAAGAGUGUGAAAAGCAUGGGGCUGUGUGGUAGCCUGUGUGUAAAUGGUGUUUCUUGUAUCGUAGGACUGUGCCAUUAAGUCCUGAAUCCUGCUGGCUGGACAUCUUCAAGUACCAGGUCCUUCUUUAAUCAAGAAGUGGAAAUCUUAAGUUUGGUCAUUUUGGUCUUGAACUUUAGGGUUGGGAUACUUACUAGCAGUAUUUUCCCAGAGCUCCAUAGGUUCAGAAAUCCUAUCUAGUUUGCGUCCCAUUGCUGCUCAGACUUAGAGAAGCGGAGUCAUGCUGAUGAUGUCUUGAGAACCUAAAGUAUGGUAGUCAGCAUAUCAUCAGUUUAUUAAUUUGUAGUGAAAACUAUUGCUGGCAAGAUAUUCCUGAGGUCCUACUACGACUUUCUUUCUUUCUGAGGGACAACAUGGGGGAGGCCAAAUUGGUCAAAAGGCUGCAUAGGGAACUAGGGACUAGGUUAUAGCAUUUGAGUAUUUAUAAGUUUCAAGCUCCUCCACAGCAGGGAUCUGACCUGAGGCUGAAGCAAAUGAUGCUAUCUAAUGAUUAAAUCACACUCUUUUCUAGAUAGUGUGGGAUGGGUUGGACCAAGGGCUUUCUCUGUCUGAUUCUUAGUUUUUGGUUAUUCAUUUCUAAAUGAUACUUUCUUUGUUGAGGGAUUUGAAUGCAUUCAGCAUAGUUUGCUCUGGCUCAGAGUUGUUUUGCCUUCUUAGGUGACUGCCUCUCUUUACUCUGUCUCAUCUCUAGCUUGAACAUAAUGUGCUUGGGUUCCAUGUGUGUGACCAGUAUUAGCCCCUGACUUCUGAACUUUAUUUGUAUCUCUUGAAGAUUUUUAAGGGAGAAACAGUUCAUAACAUUCAGUAGCAUUUCUCAGGCCCUCCUUUCCUUCCUUGCUCAUUCUCUCACACAUUGGAUGCUCUGGAAUUCCUCAUUCAUUAGAUUCCCCCAAACACUUCUGUAUAAGCCACCUGCUCGGGGACUUUUCUGUCUCUUGUAUUUCUGUCAUGUUUUUUAGUGUCCUUUCCUUUCCAUUUGUUGCCUGGAAUUUCUUCAGCACUGGAAAGGGCCUAAGAACGGACACAGUAAGCAGCCACCCUUCUCGCUUUCUUCUCCCUUCUCUAGUUGCUGCUGGUUUUCCUCUACCCUCAUCCUCCUGAUUCUUAUCACCAGUUUCAGGGGACUGGAUUAGCUGAGAAGUCUGCCCCCCAUGGAGUGGGGGAAAGGAGAGGAAGUUGAGAGGGACAAAGCCAUAAUUAUUUUAAUGAGGGAAAUGAAAAAAGCUACAGUAGUCAGUAGUUAUACCUCAUUUACUUAUCUACCCAUUAAUUUACUCAAUAAUUAUUUAUUGAGCACCUAUCAUGUGCCAGGGCCUAAGACUACAGAGGGGUGUAAGAGGAUGUAAGACACCAUCUUGGUUCUCACGGAGCUCACAGUCUAGAGGGGCAAGUGGUGUGCUGGAGCCAGCACUCGCCUACUUGGAAAAACUGCUUGUUAAAUUUUCAGGAAUUUUUUGAGUUAUUAAAUAGAGCCAGUGUUAAGAACUAAAUUAUAUAACUUAUAAAUGAGUUAUAUAAACAAAUGUAAUAAGUAUUCAAAACUCAUCACUUCUUAUUAUUUUACUAUUGUAUAGGCCUUUGAAGUCAUUUCUAUUUCUAAGGUAUCUUAUUGUAAUGGUGUGCUGUUGCUUUCUCUUCCCAAAUCUUAUGUUCAGUAAUUCAGGUUGGUAGCUUGAAAUCUGCCAUGGUGGGAGUAUUUAUACCAUGGAAAUUGGCAAAUGUUACAAAUCAGGGUUCCCUUCCCCCCAGCCAACUGUUAAACAUUUACCAGCACACACUGUAUAGGGGAGAUAGAAAAGUAAGAGAUAAGUAGAACACAAUACAGAGGGAAGCACAGAAUAAUGUGGGAACACAAAAGAGGGGAAGCUAAUCUAGUGGGUAGUGGAGAAUGAUAGGGAAGAUUUCCAGGAAGAGGCUAGAAGGGCUGGUAGGAACUAGCUAGACAUAGGAGAGAAUGGGUGGGGAGAGGAAGUGUUUUCUAGGCAGACAAAACUUCACAAGGCAGAAGAGCCUGGUGUAUUUUGGCUAUUGCAAGUAUUUUAGUACUACAGUGAUGAGAAGUCUUCAGGGCAACAAUGGGAUUAUGAAGAACCAGGCUAGGUCUCUGAGAUUGAUUCUGAAUACAGUGAGGAAUGGGUGAGAGGCUUCAUGUAGGACAUGCCUCAAUCACAUUGAUAUUCUGGAAAGGUCACUCUGGAGUCUAGGAGGAGGUUGUUAUAAUAAUCCAGGCAAGAGAGUAUCAUGCCCAGGAAUGAAGUUGUGGUCAUAGUGACUGUGAAAAGGGAAAGAGGUGCAGAGACAUUAAAGGACUUAGGAUUGGUAGGACUUGUGGUUGUAUGUGAGGGGUGUAAGAGACAACGGGAAGAAGAUAGCAAGAUGACAUCCUUUAUAGUAGUUUCUGGCUUGGAUUGGUGAGUGGGUAGUGGGUCAUGUCUCUGAGAUAGAGAAUACAGAAAGAGGAGGAGGUGUGGGAAACGUGGAAAAUGGCUUAGAUGAUCAUUUCUGUAUAUUUCUAUAGGAAAGAACAAAGAUUCUGCCUGGCCUAUACUUUCUCCCUACAUCUGUGAUUGUUGACCCAUUCGAAUCAGCAUGGCUUAACUUGAAUACUACUGCUGGAACCCUGGACAUUGGAAUGCAGAUGAAAGCUUCUUUGUUUAGCAGCUAGAGCUUCAGCAUCAAGCUGAGCUCCCAGCCCCAGACACAGGCUGGAGAUGAUGAGAAGAACCAGAGGAUGAUCACCGUCAACCCUGCCCACAUGGGGAAGGCUUUCAAGGUUAUGAAUGAACUGCGGAGUAAACAGCUGUUGUGUGACGUGAUGAUUGUGGCAGAAGAUGUCGAGAUAGAAGCCCACCGUGUGGUCCUGGCAGCCUGCAGCCCGUACUUCUGUGCGAUGUUCACAGGUGACAUGUCUGAGAGUAAAGCCAAGAAGAUUGAAAUUAAGGAUGUGGACGGGCAGACGUUGAGCAAGCUGAUCGACUAUAUCUACACAGCUGAAAUCGAGGUGACCGAAGAGAACGUCCAGGUGCUGCUCCCGGCAGCCAGCUUGCUGCAGCUCAUGGAUGUUCGGCAGAACUGCUGUGAUUUCCUGCAGUCCCAGCUGCAUCCCACCAACUGCCUGGGCAUCCGCGCCUUUGCCGACGUGCACACCUGCACUGACCUUCUGCAGCAGGCCAACGCCUACGCAGAGCAGCACUUUCCAGAGGUGAUGCUGGGGGAAGAGUUUCUUAGCCUAAGUCUGGACCAGGUGUGCAGCUUGAUAUCCAGUGACAAGCUGACCGUUUCUUCGGAAGAGAAGGUGUUUGAAGCUGUGAUUUCAUGGAUCAAUUAUGAGAAAGAGACCCGUUUAGAGCACAUGGCAAAGCUGAUGGAACACGUACGACUCCCUCUCCUACCCAGGGAUUACCUAGUUCAGACGGUUGAAGAAGAAGCUUUGAUAAAGAAUAACAACACCUGUAAAGACUUCCUCAUCGAGGCCAUGAAAUACCAUUUGCUCCCUCUGGAUCAGAGGCUCUUGAUUAAGAACCCAAGGACCAAGCCCAGGACUCCAGUCAGCCUUCCCAAGGUCAUGAUUGUGGUUGGCGGCCAGGCGCCCAAGGCCAUCCGCAGCGUGGAGUGCUACGAUUUCGAGGAGGACCGGUGGGAUCAGAUUGCCGAGCUUCCGUCCAGGAGGUGCAGGGCAGGUGUGGUGUUCAUGGCCGGCCACGUGUACGCCGUGGGCGGGUUUAACGGCUCGCUGCGGGUGCGCACGGUGGACGUGUACGACGGCGUGAAGGACCAGUGGACGUCCAUCGCCAGCAUGCAGGAGCGCCGGAGCACGCUGGGCGCCGCGGUGCUCAACGACCUGCUCUACGCCGUGGGAGGGUUUGAUGGCAGCACGGGCCUGGCGUCGGUGGAAGCCUACAGCUACAAGACCAACGAGUGGUUCUUUGUGGCCCCCAUGAACACGCGGCGCAGCAGUGUGGGUGUGGGCGUUGUGGAGGGGAAGCUGUAUGCCGUCGGGGGUUACGACGGGGCUUCCCGCCAGUGCCUGAGCACCGUGGAGCAGUACAACCCGGCGACCAACGAGUGGACGUACGUGGCAGACAUGAGCACUCGCCGCAGCGGCGCAGGGGUCGGAGUGCUCAGCGGACAGCUGUAUGCCACAGGCGGGCACGAUGGGCCCUUGGUGAGGAAGAGCGUUGAGGUUUACGAUCCUGGAACAAACACCUGGAAGCAGGUGGCGGACAUGAACAUGUGCCGGCGCAAUGCAGGGGUGUGCGCGGUGAAUGGCCUCCUGUACGUGGUUGGCGGGGACGACGGAUCCUGCAACUUGGCCUCGGUGGAGUACUACAACCCCGUCACCGACAAGUGGACGCUGCUGCCGACCAACAUGAGCACGGGGCGGAGCUAUGCAGGUGUGGCCGUGAUUCACAAGUCCCUAUGACCCAAACUCCCACUGCCAGGAGGUGGAGGAAGGAGCAGGUCCUGCCUGUGACUCAGGACGGCAGGACCCCGGCAGCUGGAUGCAGCUCGCCAGCGCGGUCUGUGGUGCUGCAAGAGCCACUCUCCUCCCACUCGGCAGACCGGCGUCGUCUGUCACAGUGCGGACAUCGUGAUGACCGGUGACCCUCCUGCUUCCAAGAGGUGCUUUGGCCUCUGCCCUGAGCAGUGGAGUUCCUGACAGCCCCAUGCAGCACCUUUGGGCAUUUCUUGGUGUUUCUACAGGGACAACAGAGAACCUGUGUG